AUGACAGACAAAAAUCCAAAACCACCACCUGAUUCACCUGACAGUGAUGAUUUCACUAAUCUAUGGUCUUCUGAGUUCUCUGAGUAUUUUAAACUUGAUGAUAACCAGUGGCUAAACGAUAAUAUUGAGUCAUUUGUUUCUGAGAAUGCUUCCAACCAGGUUUAUCAAGCCAAUGAAGUAGGUGACUAUAGAGGAGGUGGAAGCCACUUUGAGGGAUCUUCUAGCAGAGAUGCUGGCAGUGGACACGAGAAGAAGGAAGUUGUUAAAGGGAGAAUUGCAUUCAAAACACAGUCAGAGGUUGAAAUACUAGAUGAUGGGUACAAAUGGAGAAAGUACGGAAAGAAAAUGGUGAAGAACAGCCCCAAUCCAAGGAAUUACUACAGGUGUUCAGUGGAUGGAUGCCCAGUGAAAAAGAGAGUUGAGAGAGAUAGGGAUGAUUCAAGGUAUGUAAUAACAACCUACGAAGGCAAUCACACUCACCCAAGUUAUUGCUAG